AUGUCCGAUUCCGAUGCCUCGAACGCGUCCAAUGUUGCCACAAAAGCAGAUAGCACGACGAGUGAAGCAAGUUCUCGUGAAGGACUCCUCGCCAAAGCCAGAGCUUUUCUGCGCCAACCGGAUGUACUUUCACAAGACGUAGCUACCAGGCGGGAAUUUUUGAUAGAAAAGGGACUUGAUACAGAGGAGGUUGAUCAGCUUAUUUCAGAGACGCCUCCGCCCGUUCCUCCACGAACGUAUCCUCAACCAGCCCCAUCAAAGCUUCCAGUCAUUCUAUACGCAACCAUGAAGCUCUUGUUACUCCUCACUGGCGCGUCGGUCGUCGGCGCUGCCAUGUACUUUACUUACAUAUACCCGAAACUGGCUGCGACGUUCGGCGCUCGCUCAAAGCUUCUUGAACAUCAAACGGACCUCCUUCGACGAUUACACACCACUGGAGAAGAAACGAGAAAGCACAGAGUAGGCAAUCAGGUUCACUCUCUUCCACCAACAGUAUCCCCGAAACCAGACGCCGCAGAGACGCCGAUUACAGCCGAGGCAGAGGACGUUCCCGUCAGACUCGAAGAACAAAAGGAACCUCAGAGUCAGACUCGAGAGACACAAGAAGUCCAAGAGUCACAACCAAGCUCUUAUGAUCGCUUGUAUACGUCGCUGCAACGACUGCGCGAUGCUUUGCCAAGGAGAAAGCCUCAAUACGGGUCAACGUUGCAAGACAUGAGCGACAUGACGGCUCUGAUCACGUCGAAAAUGUAUGCCCCCAAGGUCCACUCGGGCAUCGAGGGCGAAGUGCGAAAAGAAAUUCGCGCUGCAAAGGGACUACUGCUGAACAGGAAAACGUUUACAAGUAUCCGUCCUCAGUCUGAAGCUAUCACGCCAUAG